UCUCUUUUUUUUUUUUUUUUCUCUGUUUCUCUUUCCUCUGUUCUUCAACCUCCAUAGCCCACGAUCACCCAGUUGAAGCCCUUACCCCCAUUUUUUCUCAACCUCCCAUCUAUGCCACUAUCUCCAUUUUGUUCGAUAAUCUCUGUAAGUUCUUCCUCCCCCAUUGUGUUCUCUUCUUCUAUAAAUGACCACCACUAGAAGUGGUUCGAAGUCCCCAUCUCCAGCUAAAAAAAAUUCUAAAAAUUCAAAGAAACCUCCUAAAAAUUCAUAUAAAGUUGAUCUUAAGAUGGGUUUGAAGCGCAUUGCUAAGAAAGUAAUGGGUGAUGUUUCAGAGCCAUCUGCUACUAAGAAAAGACCCAUUCCAAAUAAGGUCGAGUCUCGUAAGGCAAAGAGAGCGAAACCUUCGAAGUCUACAAAGGAUGUUAUAUCCGAUUCUGAUUUUGAGAACGAAAUGCAUGAUGGGAGAGAAAAGCCUAAAGUUAAAUCCAAGAUAGUUGUUGCUUGGAAGUUGUUGCCGGGUUGUUUCCAGAUUGCUGCAAAUCUGCCUGUGCUGAGUUGUUGUCAUCCCAAUGCCCAUUGCUCUGUACCAAAAUUUGUAAUGGUUCCGUAUCCUGAAAUAAUGUAAAUUAUUUAUUUGUUUCAAUUUCAGAAGUUGCAAACAACUAUUUCAAUCUGGCAAAACAACUACUAAACAACUCUUUCUAACAACAACAUUUGCAGAUAACAUUUUGAUCUGGACGACUAUUUUAAUCUGUCAAAUCAACUAUUAAACAACUAUUUUAAAGCAUUCAGUAAUUAAUAAGAAUAGAUUCAUCAUUUCUCGUUUGCAGAUCACAAACAACCAUUAUUUUACUGGAAAACAACUUAUAAACAACUGUUUGCAGAUUAAAACUCUGUAGCAUAUAAUUAUAUGCAUUAAUAUUUGUUUUAUGCAAACCGUUGUUGUUUUUUGUUCAAAUUCACCAAUAUUUUAUUAUUAUUUCAAUUUAUUCUAGUUUUCCUCAAUUAAUAACAAAUUCUCAUUUAUGUAGAAUAAAAGAUUGGAAGAUGUUCAUGAAGAAAUUGUAUUACCUUCAAU